GGAGUAAACCAGCGGCUUGCUGCUGCCUGGCUGGUGCGAGACUUGUCCAACUCUAGUUAUAAAUGCUUAACUUAUGACAGCUAAUCAGGACUUUCUGCUUGGAUGCCUUACUACGCUUCGUUUAACCAUUUUAGUUUCGAACGCUGUGACUUUCUGUUGUGUUUAUCCCUUUGAUAUUUAAAUACAGCACUUUCUAAACUAAACUCUGAGGCGCGUAAAAUCAGUAAGGAUGUCGCAGAGUUCAUAUGGCCGAAUGUUGGAUGCUGCUCAGGGAGCUUUGGAAGACCUUUUGGAGGAUGAAUAUCCCACAUUGGAGCUCCGUCCUCAAAAGGACCGCCUGCAGGUGUUUCAAACACUGGCCACUUUCUUCCUACGCUACAUGAAGAUUUUCCGUGCCCUGGAGGAAGUUUACGAUCAGAUUGUUCACCCCCAGAAGAGACGUGUCGUGCACCAGGUUCUUGACGGAGUGAUGGGACGAUUGGUAGAGCUGAAGAAUGAGAUGGUGGAGCUGGAGCACUCUGAAUUUCACUACUUUGAUGACCUAUUGCAAGACUUUAAAAUGACACCUGAGGAUCUUGAGGUGCCUAUUCCACGUUAUUUUGUGAGAGAAAAGAUGAGGGCGUUGAAGGAGAGGGAGAAGAUGCUGGCCCAUGUUUUGGCUAAAGAAGGACGUCCAGAACACAAAUCUGUGAAUAGGCCUGUUCUGUCCAUGUCCAUGGAGAGGGCUGUGUGGCUGCUACAGGUCAGUGAGCGAGCACGGCAGGGAAGACUGAGAGCUCACUUCAUGAAGACAAUUCGGCUAGAGGAACAAAGAAGACAUCUGGGUUCUAGCAUGCUGGACCCUGACCAAGCAGCCACCUGCAUUCAAAAGGUUUGGCGGGGGUAUCGAGACAGGAGAAGGGUCAACAAGGAGUGCCUAGAGGAGAUGAUAUUUUUGGGAAUGAUUCCAGCCCAGCAGCAGACACCCAGCCCUGCCCAACUUCGUGCCCAGCAGGUGGAACGCAGGAGGCACAUCAUUCAGGAGGAACAUGAGGCUGAGUACCAGACAGCACUGGUCAACAUCAAAGAGUCAGUGCGGACUGUGGAUGGGGCAGAUAUUAAAGAAAGCCUGCAAGAACAAAUACGCCAGUGGUUUCUUGAGUGUCGAGAUGCCUCAGGGAAAUUUCCUGACUUUCCAAGUCCCGAGGAUGGAGGUUCUGCAUCUAUUUUUGCUCAGAAGACCCCAGAGCAGGUUGCAGCUGAGUUUGCUGCUAAGGAAGAAGAGAGGGAGAAGAAGAAAAAAUUGAAAAGCGAGAAGGACAAAAAAGCGAAUGACCGCAAAGAGAAGAAGAAAGGAAAGCCGAAAGGAAAAGGGGGGAAAGGAGAUACCGAGGAAGAAGAGACGGGAUGGAAGAUGACUCCCAGUAAUUUCCUUCCUACGGUAUUCGAGGGAGCCAAACUGUACAAAGAAGUUUGGCAAAACCGAGAUGAACAACAGAACUUCCUUCAACGUUUUGAUGCUCAGUUGGUGCGAGAGGAGAAGAGACUGGAGGUUGAAGAGGAGCUCAGAGUUCAGGUGGAUGAACUGAUGAGGCAGGAACUAAAGAACCUUAAGCUGGUGGUGGACAGAGACAAGGGCAAGAAAAAGAAAAAAGUCAAGAAAAGUAGUAAAAAGAAAAAGAAGAAAGGGCGGAAGACUGGAAAGAAGAAGAAAAAGAAAGAGAAAGACCUCACAGCUGACAGGACCAUAGAAUCUCUAUAUGAGGAACUUGUCCUGGAAGGCAUCAUAAUCAGGCCAAUGAAUGUCAAGCUGUCAGAUUACAUAGGUGAAUACAGCUACCUGGGCACAACACUACGCCAAGCAGAUAUUGAGCCUAUGCCAUCUCUCUCUGACGUCAGACAGCUCAUCGCACUUUAUGGCAUCCUGCCUCUGGGUUCUCAGUGUGUCCAUGAAAGAGGGCCCCUGAUCCGAGCCCUGCUGCUCACCGGGCCGCAAGGUGUUGGGAAGAAGAUGCUCGUCCAUGCCCUUUGCACAGAGACUGGGGCUAACCUGUUCAACCUCUCCCCUUCAACACUGGCUGGCAAAUAUCCAGGCAAAAGCGGACUGCAACUACUCCUGCACAUGGUUUUCAAAGUGAGUGAAACCA